GGUGAGGAGGGGCAUCAUUAGCAGGGGGGCGCGAGCGGGACAAGGGUUGCCAUAGCAAUGGUAACCUAACGUAACGUCCGUUGAUUUAAAAACCCUGCCGGUCCCACCGUCGUCCCGCAGAGACGUUACAUUGAAGUGCAAACGUACGAUAUUUCUAACGUUAGUUAAACACAGCGGUAAAAGCAGGACUCUUGAAGAAAAGAAGAUGGAGUUCGAGGCGACGGAGACCGUUCGCUCGACACCGAGUCGCCACGAGAAAAGUUUGGGGCUCCUCACGAUGAAGUUUGUCAGUCUGCUUCAAGAAGCGAAGGACGGCGUCCUUGAUCUGAAAGUGGCUGCAGACAGCUUGGCAGUGAAGCAGAAGAGGAGGAUAUAUGACAUAACCAACGUACUGGAAGGAGUGGGGUUGAUAGAGAAGAAAAACAAGAACAUAAUCCAGUGGAGGGGAGAGAACUCUGGCAGCCAAACUAAGGAGGUGCUAGAACAGGUGAAUGUUUUGAAGGCCCAAAUCUCUGACCUGGAGGAUCAAGAAAAAGAGCUGGACAACCAGAAGACAUGGCUAGAGGAGAACAUCAAAUACUGUAACCUCGAUCCCAUCACCAGCACUUAUAAAUUUGUCACACAUGAAGACAUCUGCAGUGCCUUCAGCGGAGACACUCUUCUUGCUGUAGUGGCUCCUGCUGGGACCCAGCUGGAGGUACCACUACCUGAAACGGGCCAGAGUGGUCAGAAGAAGUACCAGGUAAACCUACGCAGCCACUCGGCCCCCAUCCAGGUCAUGCUCAUCAACAGGGAUUCAGACUCCACAAUACCUGUGGUCUUCUCUGUGCCGCCCACUGACGACAUCUGUCCAAUGCCAACCCCACCGAGCACCCCCGCCAGCCUGCACAGGUUCCCUUUCUCCACGUCAGUGUACUCCACCCCCUCCUACUGCAGCCAGGACUCUCUCUCCUCCGACCACCAGAUGGUGCUGCCAGAACUUGAUGAAGUGCUGACUCCAUCGUCCACCCCUCCUGAUGUGCAGAUGGAGUGUCGCAGUCAGUCGGCAGCCGUGUUGGAGCAGCAGCAGAUGGACCUGGCGGGCCAAGAGUUCCAGUCUGGACUGGACGUGAGCAGCCUGUUGAAGCUCAAUGUUGCUGGAGACCACAUGAAGGACGACCGAGAGGGAGCUGUCGACCUGAUCGAUGAGCUGAUGUCGACUAACGGAAUAGACUACAGCUUCAACCUGGACGACAACGAGGGAGUCUGUGACCUGUUUGAUGUGCAGAUCCUCAAUUACUGAUGACUCACUGCGCCUCCUCUGCGUCAUGCUUUUACAAUGUCAGGAGCCGCCUUUGCCUCGCGAAAGACGCUUCAAAGAUGCCUUUUCCCAUUUUUGUUAUGACAUACCAUUGUAGUUAAAAAACACACACAUUUAGACUACUCCGCUGUCUGCCAGACAACAUCAGUUUACUAACUACACUGUCUGUUUGCCAACACAAGUGCCUGAUUUAAUUUGCCAAGAGAUACGUGUGAAGCCACGAGUCAUUAUAUGUCGAACUGAAUGGUUUCACUGGGUAAAGACUAUUCACUGAAACUACUUGCUUAGCCGAAGUAAGCCGGGACAAAUCCUUCAGCCUCCUUCUGCACUUUUGCAUGGUAGUAUUUUUGUAUUUUUCCACAUCCAGUGGAAUUUCUGAGAUUAUACGAAAGCUUUACUUUUUGUUCAUGAACAGUUGGGACUGUGAUUAGUUGAUAUUCACAGUAGCAUGUAACAACUCAGUAUUUAAUGCUUUCUAACAUUUGAUACAGGGUUGAUAAUCUAUUUCUGGCUACACAAGUGAGUAACUUAGGGUUAGGGUUCAAAAAAGCUUAUUGUGUAAAAACAUACUCAAUUUAACAGUUCAAAUGGCAUAUUGUAUUUAAUGAGUGAAUGUUUCGGUCACAUUUUGUGACCUUGUUCUCAUGUGAAAAAGGCAGAAAGAUUUAUUUUCUAAAUUAUUGUGACACUGCCAUUUUGGGCCUCAAAUAUUUUUUAUUUCUUGUAUAAUUAGUUAUAUAUUUGAAUAGAAAAUCAUUUUUAUUUAAUUUAAGAAAAAAAGAUUUCUUGGUUCAAAACUUUGAAAGUGAUGCUGGUUGACUGCCUUAAUUGUAAUAAAAGUGAAUUAGCUGUUUUUCUGAUCUGAAAUAUCAGAUCUUACCAGUCUAAAGUGUCAUUUUUGUAUAUUUAUAGUUUUCUUUGAAUACAAGUCAUGUUUUUUUUUGUGACACUUUGCUCUUUAUUUGCACAUUUAUGAAUGUUUUUUUUUCAAUAAAUGGAUUUAAAAUU